AACAACUUCACAAUUCACACAAAAACACUCUUCACCAAUUUUGCGUAGAAGCAACCAACUCUUAUUCCAUCAUCAACUUCUAUAAAAUGAUAGAAACAUCACAACAAAAACUCACAAAAUUAGACAAAGCUAAAAAAAAGAGAAAAAUGAGUGAAAUUAGAGCCUCAGCCUCAAAAACAAGCACCAACAAAGGUGCUACUACUAUGAGAGGGAAAACAUUCUCUGGAGUAGGAAACCUCGUUAAGCUUCUUCCGACCGGCACUGUCUUCUUGUUCCAGUUUCUCAGUCCAGUUGUAAGCAACACCGGACACUGCACCACCAUCAACAAAUACCUAAGCGGUAUUCUCCUUGUUAUUUGUGGUUUCAACUGUGCUUUUACUUCCUUCACCGACAGUUACACCGGAAGUGAUGGGCAGACACACUACGGUAUUGUUACCGCGAAGGGUCUCUGGCCAUCUCCGGCGUCGGAGGGUGUUGAUUUGUCGGUGUAUAAGCUUAGGUUUGGAGAUUUCGUGCAUGCUUUGGUUUCGUUGAUUGUGUUUGCUGUGUUGGGGCUGCUAGAUACAAAUAUUGUGCGGUGCUUCUACCCGGAGUUUGAGCUUGGUGAGAAGAUGCUGAUGCAGGUUUUGCCACCUGUUAUUGGUAUGGUUUCUGGUACAGUGUUCAUGAUAUUUCCUAGUUAUCGACAUGGAAUUGGAUACCCUACUAGUUCUGAUACUAAUGACACCUCUCAAAAGUCUACAUAGCAUUCUUUGUUCAUGAUUGGUUAUAUUAUGAUGCAGAGUCAUGUAUAAAAUGGUCGAGUUUCAUUCAAUUGUUUGCUAUUUGUUUGAUUAAUUUGUUAAUUCUAGUAUGAUGUUUGUUUGGGUUUGGAUUUAACUGUCUAAGAGUCGGUCAAAACAAUGAGUCAAUGAGUUACAACAAUGUGUCAAAGAUUUACUUGUGAAAUUAAUUAGUGGGUGAAUAUAUGAAAGUUACUUGUGAAACA